AUGUCUUCCUUUCUCAAGAUCGACUCAACCAACUUGGUUUCGAACGGCCUCAACAAUAGCUGGCGGUAUGACUUCGUAGGAUCGUCCGUCAAUUUUCAGGACGUCGAGGUGGCUAUCCAAAGCAUUUCGCUUUACAACAGCCAAUUCAAUAUCGAUUCAGGUGCUUUCGCGAACACAAGUUUCAAACUAGAGGUUCCAACUGGAGCAACCGUUUCAAUUCUGAAUGUGUCGCUACCGGAUGGUUACUACAGUUACGCCGAUAUCAAUCGAGUCAUCCAAACAACACUCGUGAACGCUGGAGCAUACCUGAUCAACUCAACAGGCGACAACGUAUUCUACAUUCAACUUGAGGAGAACAGCACGUAUUACUCAUGCCAACUGGAUGUUUCGCCGACUCCAACGUCUCUACCCGUUGGAUACACUCUCCCUGCAACCGGAUUUAUCCUGAGCAACACCAUUCCACAGAUUCACCCGAGCAGCUCGUAUAUCGUUCGGUGCGAUCUGGUGAAGAAUAACUACGUAGUCAGCGGUGACAUCCUUGCUGCAUUUGACAGAGGCGAUGCUUCUAUUGGACAGCUUAUAACAUAUGCUCCAUCUCAGUAUGCAUGGAUGAACACCCACAACGGUGCGAGAAACUCAAUUACAAUCACAAUCUACGAUCAGAAUGACCGUCCGAUCCAUUUUCGCGAUCUCUCUGUAUCCAUAAUGCUAUUGUUUCGACCCAAGAAAUCAUUGCUUUAA